CAUAUAAAUUGUAAGGGUUAAAACUGCGGACUUUUUUUCUGCGCAUGGCUUAUUUCAGGGACUACUUUCAGUUGACAUAUAAUGCGUGUGUAUGUUACUGAACGCACUUUGAUUCGAAGAGCCGUCACUGAAGUCGAAUGAGAAUGGCAAAGUUUCAAACAUGCAGCAGUCGGUAUCUGUUACUGGGCGCUGGUAUAGUGAUCAUGACGCUACUCGGGGCGGCUGUCAGCCAGGGAACAACGCCUAAUGAGUCACCGCCUUGCAACCAAGAGGAAGAUGCAUUCGAAAGAAGGACGCUAGAAGAUGGUGCAUCAAGUAUUAUAUUGAAUAGGCAGAAUAAUUUCAAAGCUGAAGAAACAGGUGAAAUUGGACAAGCGGCGGCUGACCAGGUCUUAAAAGACCUGACACCAGAGAAGAUAGCUGCUCAAUUGACGGGUGCUGCAGAAAUGGACUCUAUUUCGACAGCAGUAAAUAAAGCAAGAUUAGCUAAGACUAGCGAUUUGAGCAUGUAAGUCAAAUCUUUUGUUUAAACUCCGUCAUUUUCCGUGUCUAAAGUGGUC